GGCGGAAGUGGGAGAAUUUGAAUUGUGCGGGCCGUUUGCUGUAGCAGCUCGCGGAUGGCCUGUGGCGCAGCGCGGGAAGGGAAAAGUGACACGGCCUCUCUGGAACUUCUGCCCAGCGCGCCUUGUAAAAUGAAUGAAAAUAAACCUGGAGGCUCACAGAAUUCUACUUGUGUUUUCUGUCGAAAAAAUGAUGACUGUCCUAUUAAAUAUGGAGAAAAGAAAACUAAUGAGAAAUGGAAUCUUACUGUACAUUACUAUUGUUUGUUGAUGUCAAGUGGAAUUUGGCAGAGGGGUAAAGAAGAAGAAGGAGUUUAUGGUUUUCUAAUAGAAGAUAUCAGGAAAGAAGUGACUAGGGCUUCUAAACUGAAGUGCUCUGUUUGCAAGAAAACGGGUGCUUCAAUUGGAUGUGUUGCACCCCGAUGUAAACGGAGUUAUCAUUUCCCCUGUGGACUUCAGAGAGAAUGUAUUUUCCAGUUCACUGGCAAUUUUGCGUCAUUUUGUUGGAAACAUCGACCUGUUCAAAUAAUUACAUCUAAUAAUUGUAGAGACUCCUUACUGUGCACCAUUUGCUUGGAAUUUAUAGAGCCUAUUCCAACUUACAGCGUGUUACGAAGUCCUUGUUGUAAGAAUGCUUGGUUUCAUAGAGACUGUUUGCAGAGAGUGAUGGACAACACAAUUUUUGGGAACAGGAAUGACAUUAGAUACAAAAGGUUGAGAAACACAUGGGUGCAAGCGAUAAAUGCAGGAGUGUUUUUCUUUAGGUGCACUAUAUGCAAUAAUAGUGAUAUAUUUCAGAAAGAAAUGUUGAGAAUGGGAAUUCAUAUUCCUGAAAAAGAUGCAUCUUGGGAAUUAGAGGAAAAUGCUUACCAAGAGCUUCUGCAGCACUAUGAGCAUUGUGAUGUCCGAAGAUGUCGUUGCAAAGAAGGGCGAGACUAUAAUGUGCCUGAUAGCAAAUGGGAAAUAAAGCGCUGUCAGUGUUGUGGUUCUAGCGGAACACAUUUAGCCUGUUCCUCACUACAGUCAUGGGAACAAAAUUGGGAAUGUUUGGAAUGUAGAAGUAUUCUCUACAGUGCAGGCGAAUUCCAGAAAGCCAAAAAACAUGCAUUACCCAACACUAAUGUGGGAAUAAAUGAUUGUUUGUUGGAGGAGUCUUCACCUAAAUUAUCCAGACAGUCACCUGGAGACCAGCGUAAAGAUCUGCUGAGGCAAGGCAGCAAAUUUAGAAGAGAUAUCUCAACUCUAAUUAUAGAGUUAGGAUUCCAAGUUAAGAAAAAGCCUAAAAAAGUAUUUAUCAACAAAGCCAAUAUCUGGAAUAGUGCCUUAGAUGGAUUCAGAAAUCAAAACUUUAAUCCUUCAUAUACAAUUGAAAUAGUGUAUGUUAAUGAAAAUGAUCAUUUUGGAAGAGAGCAGCCUGGAUCAAAGCAAGAAUUCCUAAGUCUCUUAAUGCAGCAACUUGAGAACUCACCAUUGUUUGAAGGGUCCUUGUCAAAGAACUUGUCUUUAAAUUCUCAAGCUCUGAAAGAGAACCUUUACUAUGAAGCUGGCAAAAUGGUUGCCAUUUCUUUGGUUCAUGGUGGUCCUUCACCUGGUUUCUUUUCUCAGACCUUAUUUAACUGCCUUGCUUAUGGACCAGAAAAUACCCAACCAAUUUUAGAUGACGUUUCAGACUUUGAUGUGGCACAGAUUAUGAUCAGGGUAAAUACUGCAGCAACCGUGGCUGACUUAAACUCUAUAGUAAAUGACUAUUAUAAGUACCUAGAGCUUAUUGGAUGUCUAAGACUUAUAACAUCAAUAAGUGAUAAAUAUAUGUUGGCAAAAGACAUCCUUGUUUAUCAUGUAAUUAAAAGAGUCCAAGCACCUUUUGAGAGUUUUAAACAGGGUCUGAAAACUCUUGGUGUUUUGGAGAAGAUUCAGACUUAUCCAGAAGCAUUUUUUCACAUCUUCUGUCAUAAACCUGAGAAUCUUUCUGCAAAAAUACUUAGUGAUCUUUUUACAGUACGCACAUUGUCUGAUGUACAGACUUUGGGGUUUUGGAAUAGUUACUUACAGGCUCUUGAGGAUGGUAAAUCUACAGUAACAAUGGAAGACAUUCUUAUUUUUGCUACCGGUUGCAAGUCCAUUCCACCUGCUGGAUUUAAACCUACUCCAUCAAUUGAGUGCCUUCAUAUGGAUUUUCCUGUAGGAAACAAGUGUAAUAACUGUUUAGCUCUUCCUAUCACCAGUACAUAUAAAGAAUUUCAAGAAAGUAUGGACAUUGCCAUAAAAAACACUCUAAGAUUAGAAAAAGAAGAAAAUCCUCACUUCAUUUGACAUUACCUGUUUUGAACAAAGGGAUGCUUCUUUAAAAGCUGCUGUAGAUACGUUUUGUUUCAGAAAUCUUUCCAUCAUCACUUUUGAGCAAACUUGGACCAAUAAAAUUUAUAAUAUGAACAUAAAGGAUUGUUUUGGCCACCUAAGCUAAAAAGGAUUUUUUGUUAAGGUGUACCAGUGAAAGUUAAUAUUUUUAUAUUUUCUUAAUACACAUGCUUUGUAAACCUCAAUAUAAAUACUUGUAGAAUGGCUAUACAGACUUUCUUCAAGUAUAGUACAUACUGUAUAUAAGCAGAAAACUUGUGCUCACUUUAUGUAAAUUAGGAUUAGGUAUAGGAUGCCACAAUUAUUUUUCUGGUUUAAUUAUGCAAUUUUCAAGUUAUUACUUAUUUUAAAGCAUUAAGUAGGAAAGCUAAAUGAGUGAUUUUUUUUUUUUUUUAUAAAUCAAAGGCAUAUAUUUUGGAGUACGUGUUAUAUGUAUCCUCUUCUAGGAUGGCACUAAAUUAGUUGUUAAAUGAUUUUAGAUCAUUGGGUUAUAUUAAAAUAGAUCCACACUGCUGUUAGAUUAUGCCUUAAGAGAUGUAUUAUAUAAGAAAGCAGAAUUGCACAAAUACUCAAGAUUAUCUAUGGAUAUUCCAUAGUCUUAAAACACUUCUGAGGUGAGUUAAAAUAUAGUUGAAAAAUCUCUUAAGUGUCUUCUCUAAAGCCUUGGCUUUAAUCAUAAGAUUUUUUUGUUUGUUUGUAUCCCAUGUGUGGUAUUAAACCACAGUGUAUAUGAUCCACAGUUUAAGUUAUCUGAAUAGAAUGAUCUCUGUGGAUUGCCUUUUGGUAGGUUUGGCUAUUUAACAGUUAUUUAUUAUCAGUAUGGUUGUUUGAUGGGUAAGCUGGCACCAUUACAUUAUACAGUUAUUUUCUUUACUUCUGAAAGAUACCUGUCUAUAUAAACAGUGUAGAAGUAGGGAAGAAAGAACUACAAAGAAUGAAAAACCCACACUAAUCUCACCAUGCAGAAUUAACUGUCCCUGCAUAUCCUUUUAUUAAUAUAAACUCUUAUAUUUCCUGUCUUUUUUUAACUUUAUUCUUAUAAAAGUCAAAGAAUACCUAGAAAUAAAAAGAGAUUAUGUAGUAACAAUUUGAAGAUACAUAAUCUGACAGUUUUAUCACCAUAUCUGUACUCUUACAAAAGAAGAAAUUGGAAAAAUCUAAUGUCCCUAAUGUUUUAUCUAAUAUAAAUGGGUUUUUCACCAAAAUAAAUCAUAUGAGAGAAAAAUUGCUUGUUUUUAAGCACAUUUUUUUCUAGCUAUGCAAAGCAGGUAUCAGCCAUCAUAUUCUCAUCCUCUCUGAGAAACAUCUGUAAAUUACUGAUAUUUUUAAAGACAAAUGACAGGAUUAGUAGUGUGAUACUGGUAAUAUAAAACAUGUCCUAGUAUAAUUUGUUUUGUUACAUUUACUAAAAGUGAAACUUUAACUUGAAGGUUUUAAAACAUUAAACAAUGCAUUUUUUUGUCUUGUGUUGAAUUCUGUUAAAUUAUCAAAAAUAAUUAAAGGAUCAGUUAACCAAAAAGAAGUUUAAACUCACCAUACAGGUUUUAUUCCAAGUGUGUUGAUAAACUGGACAUUUUAUUUGUUAACCUACCUAGUUUUAUAAAAUUUUAAAAGCUGUUAAAAUCAAUACAAACCAGAAAACCUAAUUCAAGCUGUUUUCUGGUUAUUUGUAGUUUGAAUUCAUUUAAUAACAGUCAUAAUUAAAGCUGUUAAAUGCUCACAUGCUUUUGAGGUGGGGGCUGCUGAUAGGGGGCAGUGUGCUUGUGUUGGCUACGAUUAAAAGCAGUAUUUCAGUUCCUCUUAUGUGUAGACAGGGCCUUAGGGAUAAGGUGUUUAAAUAAUAAUUUGGGAUAUUCAUGUUUUAAAGGGAGGUAUAAAUAUUCAUAUUGGAAAAUAUUUUCUGGUUUUAAGGAUAUUCAGUACGGAUUUAGGUUAAUGUUUGAAGCUAUGUCAGAGAAACCUGUAGGUUAUUUAUUUUCUGCAGUGUAAUGUGUCACGUGGUUGCUAUUGUUUUUUUUCCUAUUGUUACAGCCAAUACAGAGUUUUUACUGACUUUGAUUUUUUAAAGGAAUUAUGUUAUAAACCUUUAUAAAUGUGAAUAUGUAUUUCAUAAGUAUUUCAAUUGUCUAAAUGCCAUGUAUUUUCAAGCUUGUUCUCUGUUACUCUCAAUAUCAAGAAAAACCAUAAAUUUGCCUCUUACCUAUCUGCUGUUAACGGUCUUAGUUUAGUUUUCUAUUCAUUUUUUUUUAAACAAUUUAAAAAUUUUUGGUGUGGGAACUUCAUCUGAAGGCAUUUUAUACAGUUCUCUACUAUUCUUAUACAUAGUCAUUUUACUAUUAUUUUAGUAUUUAGGGUAAAGAUGCCUUAAAAUAUUUCAAUCAGAAUUUAGUUCCUAACUUUCUUUAUACUUUGUAAUAUUUAAUUUCCAUAUUAUAGAGUAGACAUUAUUUGUUUGGGUCAAGUAAAAAGCUUUCAUUUGAUUACUAACCUGAGAAUUCACUUUGGUUUCUGCAUCAUUUCAGGCUUCUUAUAAUUUUUUUCUCGUAAUUAUAUAGAAGCUGUUGAAACUUUUUUACUCAGUACUGAAUGCACAGUAAAGGAGAGUGUCAUAGGUAAGUUUUUUUUAAGAUAAGCCUUUUAAAACUGCAAAAGGUAAAGUGACUUGGGCUUUUACUCAGUCAUUAUAGAAAAUUAUUAGAGCAAGAUCCUAUUUAUAAAUUUGUCAUAUAUAUAGUGAUUAUCACAUGCCUUGUUGUCACUUUUACAAUAAGCCAUUAAACUAGGUUUUAUGCUCUCAGUGAUCCAGUGUAAAGCAUAAAAACGUAUUGAUGGAUUUCUUGAAUAUGUAUUACUCGCAGCUUAGGAAAAUUUGAAUUGCUUUGAAGAGAUCCCAUUUUCAAGUUCUCAUGUUGACUUUUAUCUUCAAAUUGCCAAACAUAUUCCAGUAUCUACUAUAUGCCAGGUAUUAUAUUAUAUGAUAGUUUAUGUCAGCCUAAUUUCCCUUUUUUUAAAGGCUUCAGAGACAACCAAAAACAUGACACAUAUAGUGAAGUUUUGUAAAUAAAUAUGUUUAUGCUACUAAAUGUGAAGCUCUUAUAUAAACUAAAUUAAGUAACUUGUUAGGAUUUAACAAGGUUAAGAUCCUGACAGUACUGGGUAAAUAACAAGAUCCUUUCCUCUCCACAUUUGGUAGAUCUGGCUAGCAGUUGUUGGCUAACAUUUAGGAACCUCUCUUGAAUGAGCUGUUCUGAGGUAUUCUGUGUUAAAAUGAUCUAUCCCCUAACGUAAAUAAUAGUUUGCAGAAUAAACAUAUUAUUUACAUUAAAAAAUCUGGAUAGGUAGAGUCACUUAAAAGACUAAAAAAUAUUAGGUUAAUUAACACUCUAACAGCCCAUAAGUUUAAUCCUUUUAUUCCAGUAACAGAAUACCUUACUCAGUCUUAGCCUAAUACGAAGUAUUUGUUUAUUGCCACUCUUCUUCUGUGGGAAUUUUUUUUUUUUGGUGGACUUUUUUUUUUUUUUUUUUUAAGUGUUUAUUGACUGUGUUACAAAAGUGCUUCUGUUUUAUGUUUUGAUUUUUUGGCCAUGAGGCAUGUGGGAUCUUAGCUCCCCCACCAGGGAUGGAGCCCUGUAUUGGAAGGUGAAGUCUUAACCACUGGACAGGUUCUGGGACAUACUUUUCUAUACAUGUUCCACACUCUGUGCACUCCUUGGUUUUGUGUUAGUUAGUUAAUCGUGUCCAGCUCUUUGCAAACCCAGGGACUGUAGCCCACCAAGCUCCUCUGUCCAUGGGGUUUCCCAGGCAAGAAUACUGAAGUUGGUUGCCAUUUGCUUCUCGGUGGAUCUUCCUGACCUAGGGUCGAACCUGAGUCUCUUACAUCUCCUGCAUUGGCAGGCAGAUUCUUUACCAUUAGUGCCACCUGGCCACCAUGGGGACUUGCUCCUUCACUAAGGCAUGAAAUCCUUCCAUUCACUGUAACCCCUUGUGCUGAAAACAUGUGUCCCAAGGUGUCUCGGGACUAUCUCCUUGGUUAGGACAGUUUUUAUAAUUUCAAAUAUAUAUACUGUACAUAAAUGUUAAACAGGUCUGAGUGUUUUAUAUCAAUAUGACUCAUAUUUUGGGAGGUAUAUGCUGGAGCUGAAGUGGUUAGAUGAUAGAUUUGCACUGAAAGUAGAGGUGCCCAAAUUUGGGCUCUCAUAUUGAAGGUGGGAAAGCCUGUUUAUUUUAUAUUCCAUGAAGACAAAAAAUUAAGUAGAACUUUCCCAUAGGGCAGUAACUGUCGUUUCUGUUUAAUUA